GUACCGCAGGCAGGGGGCGGCAACAUGGCGGAGUGAGCUGUAUCGGCUUCAAACGACAACACUAGCAACUGCACCGCUACUGGCUGACAUCUGCUAGCUAUUUAGAAAAAAGAUAGCACAUUCUGCUAAUCAUUUAGAAAUACAGUCUAACAGCGAGCAGCUUGCAUUUCAAAUCGUACGUGGUGCAAAGAGUGGAAUUUAAAAGGAAAAGAUAUAAUUUUUCUUGUUAUUAUUCCAGAAUUUUCUUUUUUUUUUUUCAUCUUGAUGCUUUUCUCAGUCGGAGGGUGAUAGAAGCAGGUGACACCGCAGCCGCUACUUCGGUUUCGGGUGGAAAUGUCGAGCGAGAAGCCGGUGUCGGUACCGGGUUCGGUUUCGCUCUCCGACCGAGAACCUCUCCCUGGUCUUGGCCAGCAAGGUGCUGCUGUCUCCGCUGCCGGGGAGGUGAUGGUGUCGGGUUCGGGUUCGAUGGUUCUGCCGGCCGGGGUGAUUAACCCCUCAGUCCCGAUCCGGAAUAUCAAGAUGAAAUUCGCCGUCUUGAUCGGACUGAUCCAGGUCGGAGAGGUUAGCAACAGGGACAUCGUCGAGACUGUUCUGAACCUGCUCGUCGGUGGGGAGUUUGAUUUGGAGAUGAACUUCAUCAUCCAGGAUGCUGAAAGCAUAGCGUGCAUGGUGGAGCUGCUGGAGCAUUGUGAUGUCACUUGCCAGGCAGAAAUCUGGAGCAUGUUCACCGCUAUUCUGCGGAAGAGCGUCCGCAAUCUACAGACCAGCACGGAGGUCGGCCUUAUAGAACAGGUGCUGCUAAAAAUGAGCACAGUCGAUGACAUGAUAGCAGAUCUUUUGGUUGAUAUGUUGGGAGUUCUUGCCAGUUACAGCAUUACUGUCAAGGAACUGAAGCUUCUGUUCAGCAUGUUGCGAGGAGACAGUGGACUGUGGCCAAGGCACGCAGUCAAGUUGCUGUCAGUUUUGAAUCAAAUGCCACAAAGACACGGCCCAGACACCUUUUUCAACUUUCCAGGUCGAAGUGCUGCAGCCAUCGCAUUGCCUCCUAUUGCUAAGUGGCCUUACCAAAAUGGCUUUACUCUCAACACCUGGUUUCGAAUGGACCCCCUGAAUAAUAUCAACGUAGACAAGGACAAACCUUAUCUUUAUUGCUUUCGUACAAGCAAAGGGAUUGGUUACUCUGCACAUUUUGUUGGAAACUGUUUGAUCGUCACAUCCCUGAAGUCAAAAGGCAAAGGUUUUCAGCACUGCGUGAAAUACGAUUUCCAGCCCCGGAAAUGGUAUAUGAUCAGCAUCGUUCACAUUUACAACCGCUGGAGAAACAGUGAAAUUCGGUGUUAUGUAAAUGGACAGCUAGUUUCCUAUGGUGACAUGGCCUGGCAUGUUAACACCAAUGACGUAAAGUUGGAUAAAUGCUUCCUGGGUUCUUCUGAGACUGCUGAUGCUAAUAGAGUGUUCUGUGGUCAGCUAGGAGCAGUUUACGUGUUCAGUGAAGCACUCAAUCCAGCACAGAUAUUUGCAAUACAUCAACUCGGACCUGGGUACAAGAGUACAUUUAAAUUCAAGUCAGAAAGCGACAUUCACCUGGCAGAACAUCACAAGCAAGUUCUUUAUGAUGGAAAGCUUGCUAGCAGUAUAGCUUUUACCUACAACGCCAAGGCUACAGAUGCUCAGCUCUGUCUUGAGUCCUCACCAAAGGAAAACCCUUCCAUUUUUGUACACUCACCCCAUGCUCUCAUGCUUCAGGAUGUGAAGGCUAUAGUGACUCAUUCAAUCCAUAGUGCAAUCCAUUCAAUUGGGGGGAUUCAGGUUCUCUUCCCACUGUUUGCUCAGCUGGACUACCGUCAACAAAACGACAGUCAAGUGGAAACUACAGUCUGUGCAACCCUUUUGGCGUUUCUGGUUGAGCUGUUAAAGAGUUCAGUAGCCAUGCAAGAACAAAUGUUGGGUGGAAAAGGGUUCUUGGUGAUUGGCUAUCUCUUGGAAAAGUCAUCAAGAAUUCACAUAACCCGUGCUGUCCUAGAGCAAUUUCUGUCCUUUGCAAAAUACCUCGAUGGUUUGACACAUGGAGCACCAUUAUUAAAGCAACUGUGUGACCACAUCCUGUUUAACGCAGCCAUCUGGAUUCACACUCCUGCAAAGGUCCAGCUGUCUCUGUAUACCUAUUUAUCUGCUGAGUUCAUUGGCACAGCCACCAUUUACACUACCAUCCGCAGAGUAGGCACAGUCCUGCAGCUGAUGCACACCCUCAAAUAUUACUACUGGGCGAUCAACCCAGUGGACAGCAGUGGUAUCACUCCCAAAGGGUUAGAUGGUCCUCGUCCAUUACAGAAGGAAAUCAUAUCCCUGCGAGCUUUUAUGCUGUUGUUUUUAAAACAACUUAUAUUAAAGGAUCGUGGUGUUAAGGAAGACGAACUGCAAAGUAUUCUGAACUACUUGUUGACAAUGCACGAGGAUGAAAAUAUCCACGAUGUUCUCCAGCUGCUUGUCGCUCUCAUGUCAGAGCAUCCAGCAUCCAUGAUACCUGCCUUUGAUCAGAGGAAUGGAAUAAGGGUCAUCUACAAGUUGCUGGCCUCCAAGAGUGAAAGCAUCAGAGUUCAAGCCCUCAAAGUUCUGGGCUAUUUCCUUAAGCACCUGGGUCAUAAAAGGAAGGUGGAGAUCAUGCAUACACACAGUCUCUUCACCCUUCUCGGGGAACGGCUAAUGCUUCACACCAACACUGUGACUGUGACAACGUACAACACACUGUAUGAGAUUCUGACUGAACAAGUGUGCACUCAAGUAGUGCAUAAGCCACACCCAGAACCAGACUCAACUGUAAAAAUUCAGAAUCCAAUGAUUCUUAAGGUGGUGGCAACGUUAUUGAAAAAUUCGACGCCAAGCACAGAACUCAUGGAAGUCCGUCGUCUGUUUUUGUCUGAUAUGAUAAAGCUGUUUAGUAACAGUCGGGAGAACAGGCGGUGUCUCCUUCAGUGUUCUGUCUGGCAAGACUGGAUGUUUUCUCUCGGCUACAUCAAUGCAAAAAACCCAGAGGAGCAGAAGAUCACAGAGAUGGUGUACAACAUCUUCCGGAUUCUCCUGUAUCAUGCAAUCAAAUACGAGUGGGGAGGCUGGCGAGUCUGGGUAGACACACUCUCUAUAGCACAUUCAAAGGUACCCAGUUUCUGCUUUGGAAUCGACGAACCAGAUGCAAACAUCAAGGAUCUGGUUCCAGUGAGGACUAAAUGUUCUGCUGACCUAUUGGUCUCCCACGCUCUGAUGACUAAUGGUGUUGACUGUGUUGUUUGCCCAUGCAGGAGUGUAGUUGUGCCAGUGAAGAAGCCCCCACCUGGCAGCCUGGCAGUGAACACGGUUGGUGCAGCCAGCGCGGCAGGAGGUCUUGCUUCUGGAAGCACACCGAAUAUAUUUGCUGCAGCAUCAGCGACACCAAAAAGCAUGAUCAACACAACAGGUGCAGCAGAGUCUGCCUCCACAUCAUCGUCCUCUUCCUCCAGUUUUGUGAAUGGUGCUACCAGCAAAAAUCUUCCAGCGGUUCAGACUGUUGCCCCAAUGCCAGAGGACACUGUUGAAAACAUGAGCAUCACAACAAAGCUGGAACGUGCUCUUGAAAAAGUGGCUCCUCUUUUGCGUGAGAUCUUUGUAGACUUUGCACCCUUCCUUUCCCGCACGCUUCUUGGCAGCCAUGGUCAGGAGUUGCUGAUAGAAGGUCUGGUUUGCAUGAAAUCAAGUACCUCGGUAGUGGAGCUUGUCAUGCUGUUGUGUUCACAGGAAUGGCAAAACUCAAUACAGAAGAAUGCAGGACUUGCGUUUAUUGAACUCAUCAACGAAGGAAGACUGCUGUGCCAUGCCAUGAAGGACCACAUAGUCCGUGUUGCCAAUGAGGCUGAGUUCAUUCUGAACAGACAGAGGGCUGAAGAUGUUCACAAGCAUGCUGAGUUCGAGUCCAAUUGUGCCCAGUAUGCUGCUGACAGGAGGGAAGAGGAGAAGAUGUGUGACCAUCUUAUUAGUGCUGCCAAACACAGGGAUCAUGUGACUGCCAAUCAGCUGAAACAGAAAAUCCUAAAUAUCUUGACAAACAAACAUGGAGCCUGGGGAACCCUCUCUCAAAGCCCACUGCAUGAUUUUUGGCGCCUCGACUACUGGGAAGAUGACCUGAGGAGGAGACGGCGUUUUGUGCGCAAUGCCUUUGGGUCCACCCACCCGGAAGUCAUGCUGAAAGCAGUGGAGGAUUAUGCUACAGAUGAAGAUGAUAUAGUGAAGUCAAAGAAAACAUUCCGAAGCCAAGCGGUGGUAAACCAGAAUGCAGAAACUGAGCUCAUGCUGGAGGGGGAUGAUGAUGCCAUCAGCCUUUUACAAGAGAAGGAGAUUGACAACCUAGCAGCACGUUUCCUUCCCAGAGUAUUUACAUCAAGAGGUCCUGUUGUUCUGAGCACUCCGGCCCAGCUUAUUGUCCCGGUUAUUGUGGCUAAAGGGACGCUCUCCAUCACUACAACUGAGAUCUAUUUCGAAGUGGAUGAAGAUGACCCCGCUUUUAAAAAGAUCGACCCCAAAGUCCUGUCAUACUCAGAAGGCCUACAUGGAAAAUGGAUGUUCAGCGAGAUCCGAGCGGUGUUCUCCAGGAGAUACCUUCUCCAGAACACUGCUUUGGAAGUGUUCAUGGCCAACAGAACUUCUGUUAUGUUCAACUUUCCCGAUCAGGCAACAGUGAAGAAAGUUGUGUACAGCUUGCCCCGGGUUGGAGUUGGCACCAGCUAUGGUUUACCACAAGCCAGGAGAAUCUCCUUGGCCACCCCUCGGCAGCUCUUCAAGUCCUCCAACAUGACACAGCGCUGGCAGAGACGGGAGAUUUCCAACUUUGAGUACUUGAUGUUCCUCAACACUAUAGCAGGGCGGACAUACAAUGAUUUAAACCAGUACCCUGUGUUUCCAUGGGUUUUAACCAACUAUGAGUCAGAAGAGGUUGACCUGACCCUACCCGGCAACUUCAGGGACCUCUCAAAGUUAACUGUGUGCUGUGUGUGGAAAGCCCUUCUUGAUGACAUGUGUGUCUGUGCAGGCCUCAGGGGAGCCCCGGGAUACUCUCUGGAACAGGCCCAUCACCUGCCCAUUGAAAUGGAUCCAUUAAUUGCCAAUAACUCGGGUAUGAACAAGAGGCAAAUCACAGACUUGGUGGACCAGAGCAUCCAGAUCAACACUCACUGUUUUGUGGUGACUGCUGAUAACCGCUACAUCCUGGUCUGUGGCUUCUGGGACAAGAGCUUUAGAGUUUACUCCACAGAAACAGGGAAACUGACUCAAAUAGUGUUCGGUCACUGGGAUGUAGUGACAUGUCUGGCUCGGUCCGAGUCCUAUAUUGGGGGCGACUGCUACAUAGUGUCGGGGUCCCGGGACGCCACCCUGCUGCUGUGGUACUGGAGCGGACGACACCACAUCAUCGGAGACAAUCCCAAUAACAGUGACUACCCUGCACCGAGAGCCGUCCUGACAGGUCACGAUCAUGAGGUGGUCUGUGUGUCUGUUUGCGCAGAGCUGGGCCUGGUCAUCAGCGGAGCCAAAGAGGGGCCAUGCUUGGUGCACACCAUUACAGGAGACCUCCUCAGAGCCUUGGAGGGGCCAGAGAACUGCCUCUGCCCACGUCUCAUUUCAGUGUCCAGCGAGGGCCACUGUAUCAUCUGCUAUGAACGGGGAAGGUUCUGCAAUUUCAGCAUCAAUGGAAAACUCUUGGCGCAGAUGGAGAUCAAUGAUUCCACCAGGGCCAUACUCCUAAGCAGUGAUGGACAGAACCUGGUUACAGGAGGUGACAAUGGAGUGGUGGAGGUGUGGCAAGCCUGUGACUUCAAACAGCUAUAUAUAUACCCUGGCUGCGACGCUGGCAUCAGGGCAAUGGACUUAUCACAUGAUCAAAGGACUCUGAUAACUGGAAUGGCUUCUGGGAGCAUUGUCGCUUUUAACAUUGAUUUUAACCGAUGGCACUAUGAACAUCAGAACAGAUACUGAAUGCAGACUAAAGACUGGCUGCCGUGGGAAUGUGAGGUGCUGCAGGGAGCGUCCAGUCUAGACAAGAGAACAACAUCAUAGAGACUUCCUCGCCCUCUGAUGUACAUUCCAUUACACUAGCAAUAGCAGUCCACUGUAGUCAGAAACCUUUCUAUUUUGUGUUUUCUUUCACGCCUGAGCACCAGCUGCUACCAAGCUAGCUUGUAUCAUGUAAAUUCAUGAAAAUCGAAAUGGAUUCUGCAAGUCAUAUUUCAUAUUUCCAAUGCCUUUUAUAUUGAGGAGGGGUGGAAACUUGCGUUGUAAAGACCUUGGAAGAUAAAAAAAAAAAAAAAAGUGUCCAGUUAAAAAAGAAAGAAAAUGAAUACAUGAAUAAAUAAAUAAACAAAACGAUAAUUAUUUUAGAUUUAACUUUUCGUCGUAAUUUCAGUCAUAUUUUUCAAGCUGUGAAAAAAAAAUAUCCCAUUUGAUACUUUGUACACCCGUUGCAAAGCUUACCUUAAAGGGAUACUUUUGUAAAAGUAAAACCUUGUAUAAAAAAAAAA